GACCAGAGACUGCGGACACAGUACAGGAGAUGACCAGAGACUGCGGACACAGUACAGGAGAUGACCAGAGACUGCGGACACAGUACAGGAGAUGACCAGAGACUGCGGACACAGUACAGGAAAUUACCAGAGACUGCGGACAUAGUACAGGAGAUGACCAAACACUGUGGACAUAGUACAGGAGAUGACCACAGACUGCGGACACAGUACAGGAGAUGACCAGAGACUGCGGACAUAGUACAGGAGAUGACCAGAGACUGCGGAUAUAGUACAGGAGAUGACCAGAGACUGCGGAUAUAGUACAGGAGAUGACCAGAGACUGCGGACACAGUACAGAAGAUAACCAUAGACUGCAGACCUUUGGGGAGGGAGGGGGAGCGGGUACCUGAAUAUGACAGGUGCCCGCUCUCACUUCCACGGAGUUGUCCUCCCUUUAGUGUGGGCACCCGGCUGGCGCUUUGUGAAUGGCCCGGCGUCUUCUGGGACCUGUCAUGUGUCCCAGAAGACGCCGGCCCAUUCACAAAGCGCAGCACAGUGGGCACCUGGCUGUCACAGCUGGGUGCCCACACUAAAGAUGCCGACGCAGGAAGACAUUACAGCAUUGGACCGAGGAACAGGUAAGGUCCUGCUGCAGAGAAGAGCUGAGCGGCCGGCCCGGUAUUCUGACACGGUGGCGGCGGCGGAAAUACCGGACCGGCCUCUCCAUAGUCGCUCCAUAAGACGCACUGACAUUUUCCCCCCUUUUUUAGGGGGAAAAAGUGCGUCUUAUGGAGCGAAAAAAUGCGGUAUAUCAUUUUUUUCACACAUAUAGAG